AUGGGUGUUCCAGCUUUUUUCAGAUGGCUGAGUAUGAAAUAUCCAUCAAUUGUUACCCAUUGUGCAGAGAAACGUGGAGCUAUUUUGGAUGAUGAUGGCAAUAGAUCACCUGUAGAUACGUCGGAGCCGAAUCCAAAUGGAGAAGAAUUCGACAAUCUAUAUUUAGAUAUGAACGGUAUUAUCCAUCCAUGUACGCAUCCAGAAAACAAACCAGCUCCAAAAACGGAGUCGGAAAUGUUCCUAGCUAUUUUCGAAUACAUAGAUAGAUUGUUUGCUAUUGUGCGCCCUAGACGAGUAUUGUAUAUGGCCAUCGAUGGAGUGGCUCCACGUGCUAAAAUGAAUCAACAACGCUCCAGACGUUUUCGAGCGGCCCAAGAGGCGAAAGAAAAACGAAUAACUAUUGAGCGUUUAAGGAAUGAACUAAUUGCAAGAGGGGCACAUCUUCCACCACCUAAGGAAGAACAUUUUGACUCCAAUUGUAUUACUCCAGGAACACCAUUUAUGGCACGUUUGGCUGUUGCUUUAAGGGGGUAUAUAUAUACCCGUUUGACAAAAGAUCCGGGAUGGAAGAAUCUGAUGGUAUUCUUGAGUGACGCAAAUGUUCCUGGUGAAGGUGAACAUAAAAUCAUGGAUUUUAUCAGACGACAGAGGAAUAAUCCAACUCAUGACGCCAAUACGAAACAUUGUUUAUGUGGCGCUGACGCUGACCUUAUAAUGCUUGGAUUAGCCACACAUGAACCAUAUUUUACUAUUAUUCGUGAGGAAUUUAAACCAAACCAACCAAAACCUUGUGAUUUGUGUGGCCAGAUCGGUCAUGAGAUGGAGGACUGUGUAGGUGCUCCAAAAGAAGAAGAUCCAAACGAACGCCCUCCUCCACUACCUUCAGGAGAUGUGGAUUUCAUCUUCAUUCGCUUGAAUGUUCUGAGACAAUAUCUAGCAGAAGAUCUGAAGUUGGCCGGCAUUACAUUUGAAUGGGAUCUCGAACGAGUCAUUGACGAUUGGGUUUUUAUGUGCUUUUUCGUUGGAAAUGACUUCCUCCCUCAUCUUCCGAGUUUGGAAAUCCGCGAAGGAGCGAUUGAUCGUUUGAUUGAAAUCUACAAGUCAACAGUUCAGAAAACGGGAGGGUGGUUGACUGAUAGUGGACGAGUCAAUUUAGAGCGUGUCCAACUCAUUAUGGUCGAUUUGGGAAAGAUGGAGGAUGAGAUCUUCAAAAAUCGUCGUGAAUCAGAACUACAGUUUCGUAAUAGAAAGCGUCAACAUUCAUCUGGAAAUGGUUAUGAUAAAAACCAACGUGGGUUCGCUCCACAACGAUUGGGUCACCGCCCAUCAUUUGAAGUGUCCCAAUCUGGUUUUAUGGAACCUAUUCCCCUAAGAGGACGUCAUGGAAUAGCACACCCCAAAGGUCACUAUACAAAUCAAGUUGUUUCUGCUGAUGAGUUAUUAGCUGCACGACGUUAUCAGAGUAGAUGUCAAGAAAGUGUUAAUUGGGUGGAUAGAAAUCUAAAUAACCUUGAGGCAGCAACAGCACUGAAAGCUAUGCUGAAACGCGAUAAACCUAUUGAAAACGGAGCCUCAAAUAAUGUGAAUAAUUCCACUAUUCUUCCGAAAAUACCUCGGAUUAUUUCUGAUAACAACACAAGUCCACAAUGUGUUUCGUCUGGUCGCAACAACAGAUCAGGUAAUCAUCACGACGAUGAGGAUGAGAUGAUGGAUGCUGCAGAUGAAGUACGGUUUUGGGAAGAUGGAUGGAGAUCACGAUAUUAUCGAUCUAAAUUUGGAGUUGAUCCGACAGAUGCACCUGGGUUCUGUAUCAAAGUUGGUCAGGAAUAUGCCCUUGGUUUAUGCUGGGUCUUAGCCUAUUAUUACCAAGGUUGUGCUUCAUGGGAUUGGUAUUUCCCAUAUCAUUAUGCUCCGUUUGCUAGUGAUUUCUCCAAAAUCACAGAACUCGAUGUUGACUUUUCAAAAAAAGAAACAAAACCGUUUAGACCACUGGAACAACUUAUGAGCGUGUUCCCGGCCGACUCUCGUAGUCACGUCCCUCCAGCGUGGCAAAACUUAAUGACCGACCCCGAUUCUCCUAUAAUUGAUUUUUACCCAACAGACUUCAAAGUAGACUUGAAUGGCAAACGAUAUCUGUGGAUGGGUGUAGCUUUAUUACCGUUUGUUGAUGAGGUUCGUUUGCUGAAAGCUUUAGAUGCUCGAAGAAAUCUUUUAACCAAAGAAGAGAUCGAAAGAAAUGUUCGUGGUUCAGAUCAGUUGUUUUGUAGAGCUGAUCAUUCUGCUGGUCCAUUGCUGCAUGCUCUAUACAAAUUAUCACCUGAAAACAUUGAGAAAAAUGAUUCGGAAGAACAAAUCAUACCAACUUGGGCAUCUGCAAUUGAUCCACGUGUUACGUUUGGAAUCAGUGGUUUAAUCUGGCCUAACAAAACGGCUUACUUGCCUGGGAGUCGUGUACCUAGUGCAGUCCCAGGUCACGUUCCUGAUUUAAAGGUUUCUGAAGCUGUAUCAACAUAUUUUUCAGAUCCUCAAUAUCCAAAGGGCUUUGUUUUUCCUUCCAAGUUACUUGAAUCCGUUAAAAUGCCACCUCCAGUUUAUCUUCAACCUCCUCAGCGUGGCAGAGGUAGAGGACGAGGAAGUUUUCGCACCGAUGAACAUCGUGGACGUUUUAAUGCCAUUGCAGCUAUGCAGUACUAUGCUCGAGACAGUUCGUUAGAUAGGGAGGAAACUGGUAGAGAUUUUUAUUCAAAUUCACCGAUGAACAGGAUGGUUAUGAAUUCACUACCACGAUAUCAGCGCAGUCGAGGUAGCCACUUACAGUAUUCAUCUAGAUCAGAUUGUGGCAAAGUAAAUAACAACAUUCCACCAAAUUGGCGACCUGGGUCUUUUAAUCGUCCUCCUCCUCGAAAUGAUGCUUAUCAUCGAGGUGGACCUGUCUAUCGUCAAUCUAGUAGUCAUCCAUACGCUAAUCCGUAUUCUGUACAUCCUCCAAACUUCAGUACAGGUCUUUCCAAUUCAGUCGUUAGGAAUAGCCGCCCACCAUGGUUGCCUCCAAAUGGUAGGGGUUGA